UGCGGCUCAAACGGAGAGCUGUUUUUGUUAUGCAAAAAUGUGCUCCUGGAUUUAGUUUGUAAAGUAGGUAAAAACUUUGCAUACGGCAGGAUGUGGAUGCAAAGUGAGGACAUUGCAGAGUCAGAGUCUGACGGAGAGGGUGGUUUAUCUUCUGAAGAUGAGGGAGACAUUCAGUGCGAGAUCCUGGAAAUCCAGAGGGAUGAAGCUAACCAGAGACUGUCUGAACUGGAGGAAGCGUCGAAUCAGCUCUUGAAAGAGAUAAACGUUCUGGAGAUGCAGUUCCAGAUGGAGCGCUCCUGCAGGGAGAGUGCUGAGGCGCUGGCUGUCAAA